AUGAUGAGAGAACAGGAGCAUAUGCUAGAUGUCGUUGGCUGUUGGGGAAAGAUGAUGGUGGUGAUCGGUGGUGAGAUGAAGUGCGACGGUGAUGAAGGAGGCUUAUUUGAUGAUAGUGAAGGAUCAGGUUCUCCGUGUGGUGCCUGCAAGUUCUUGAGAAGAAAAUGUAUAAAGGGUUGUGUGUUUGCACCUUAUUUUUGCCAUGAACAAGGUGCUACUCAUUUUGCAGCCAUUCAUAGGGUUUUUGGUGCAAGUAAUGUGUCCAAGCUUCUUGCUCAUCUGCCUGUUGGUGAUCGUUCAGAAGCUGCGGUUACUAUUGCUUAUGAAGCUCAAGCUCGGAUUCAAGAUCCCAUUUAUGGCUGUGUUUCCCAUAUUUUCGCACUACAACAACAGGUGGUUAGUUUACAAUCACAGUUGACUUCUUUAAGGGAACAAGCUUCUCAAAGAUCACUUAAUGUGCCCAUGUAUUCAGAUAACAAUAACCCCACCAAUGGAACACACCCUUCUUACCAACAAACGCAAGACAUGAAGAAUUGGUUUCAACAAUCUGGAAAUUCAUGCAUGAACAUGCCUCAGUUCGAUCCAAGAUCCAUGAACGAUAUCAUGGACUUCAAGUCCAUGGCAGAAAACUAUGAGAAUUCGCUUCUGAAAGAGGAAGAGGGUUCAUUUUCGAGCUUUGAAGAAGGUUCAAGUUACUCCAUUGAUUCUUUGGACAUGCAAAUAAGCAGCAACCAGCAGCAAUGGGGUUUUAGAGAUCAUGGUGAUCAAGACCUUCAAUCGGUUGCUUUCGGUUAUAAUUAUAAUUAGUUUCACAAGGGAAAUCUAGACUAUAUUCCGCGCGGAUCAAAACCUGUCGACAAAAAUCAGUUAGAUAUAUAAAUAUAUUUGAAUGAGUGAAUUCAUCAAGAUUGCC